UCGGGACCCUGGAUUGUCUGAAUGACUACCUUAGCUGUCCGAGACUACCCGUUCAUCAUCUUCCUCUCUUCGCACUCUGGAUCCCGACACGCGCCUCAUACGCCCACUCGCACUGAAAAGUCCGAUUCAUAGCACCUUUACUACACCUGUAUCAGCACAAUAACCAGACCAAACAUUCAACAUGGGUCGUCUUGAAAGCAAGAACUGCAUCAUCACUGGAGGCGCUGGCGGCAUCGGUCUCGAGACCGCCAUCCUCUUUGCUCGGGAGGGCGCCAAUGUUCUCCUCUGCGAUAUCUCCGGCCCGGCGCUGGAGAAGGCUUCAGCCAAGCUGAAAGAGAUAGUCCCAGAGGCCAAGAAGGUCGAGACCAAGAUUACCGAUGUUUCCAAGGAGGCCGAUGUAAAGGCCAUGGUCGAGCACGUGGACUCAUGGGGUGGUCUGGAUGUCCUGUUCAACAACGCAGGUAUAAUGCACGCCGAUGAUGACGAUGCUGUCAAUACACCCGAGAAGAUCUGGGAUCUGACACAAGCUAUCAACGUCAAGGGUGUAUGGUUCGGCUGCAAGCACGCAGUCAACAGCUUCAGGAAGAACGGCAAGAAGAAGGCGAGUGUUAUCAACACCGCAAGUGUCGUCGCCUUGGUGGGUAGCGCAACACCACAGCUUGCAUACACAGCCAGCAAGGGUGCCGUAUUAGCCAUGACACGGGAGUUGGCAAUGGUUCACGCACGUGAGGGCUUCAGAUUCAAUGCGCUGUGCCCAGCACCAUUGAACACACCACUCUUGCAGGACUGGCUUGGUGACGACCAAGCUAAGCGUCACCGUCGCGAAGUCCACUUCCCCACUGGCCGCUUUGGUGAGGCCAUCGAGCAGGCCCAGGGUGUUCUCUUCCUCGCCAGCGAUGAGAGCAGCUUCGUCAAUGGUACCGACUUUGUCAUCGACGGUGGUAUGACCAGGUGCUACACCACACCUGAGGGCGCGCCACUUGAGGCGCCCAAGAACAACGCACGAUGAGCGCGUUUAGGGGUUUGAUUUAUCGAGGGCAGCGGGAGAGAGACG